AUGGCCCAGACCCCCGACGGCAUAUCCUGUGAGCUUCGAGGCGAGAUCACUAGGUUCCUGUGGCCGAAAGAGGUGGAGCUGUUGCUGAAAGCCUGGCUGCCUGAGCGCCAGGGCGCCGAGCAAAGCCAUGUCCUGGCGCUGCUACGUUGGAGAGCCUUCCUGCUCCACACCUGCCCGCCCCUGAGGGUGGACUGCACAUUCAGCUACCUGGAGGUCCAGGCCAUGGCGCUACAAGAGACACCUCCCCAGGUCACUUUUGAGCUGGAGUCCCUGCCUGAGCUGGUCCUGGAGUUUCCUGGGAUGGCCGCCCUGCAGCAGCUGGCCCAGCACAUCACUGUGGCCAUCAAGAAGGUCUUUCCUCGCUCAGCCCUUCGGAAGCUAUUCCGGAGGCCCACGCCCCCCUCGAUACUGGCUCAGCUGGAAAGGAACAGCCCCUCAGAGGCCACCACAUCUGGCAGCCCCUGUGGUGGCUUCUCGGAGACCUAUGAGGCUCUGUGUGACUACAACGGCUUCCCCUUCCGAGAGGAGAUUCAGUGGGAUGUGGACACCAUCUACCAUCGGCAGGGCUGCCGCCAUUUCCGCCUAGAAGACUUCAGCCAUCUCUGCAGUCGGGACCUGGCCUUGAGUGUGGCUGCCUUGUCCCACAACCUGUGGUUCCGGCGCCUGUCAUGUGUGGACAUGAAGCUGAGCCUUGAAGUCCUGGAACAGAUCCUGCAUGUGAUGAGUCAAUCAUCUCACCUGGAGGAGCUAGUGCUGGAGACCUGUGGCCUGAAGGGAGACUUUGUGCGCCGGCUGGCCCAGGCACUGGCAGGAAACUCCAAUUCUGGACUGCUGGAGCUCAGCCUGGCUGGGAACCUGCUGGAUGAUCGAGGCGUGGCUGCACUCUGCAAACACCUAGAACAGUGUCCCAGAGGCUUGAGGCGGCUCAGCCUAGCUCAGACAGGUCUGACACCUCGAGGGAUGAGGGCUCUGGGUCAGGCUCUGGUCACCAAUGUGGCUUUCAACUCGGCUCUUACCCACCUGGACCUUUCUGCAAACUCCGGAGCGCUGGGGCCCUCGGAAGACAAUGGGAGCCUCCAUAGCUUCCUGAGCCGUCCUAAUGUCCUGACGUUCCUGAAUGUCGCUGGCACAGACGCUGCCCUGGACCCUCUCUUCACAGCACUGUCUGGUGGCUGCUGUGCCAGCCUCACCCACCUCGACGCUUCAAGGAACAUCUUCGCCCGCAUGAAGGCCCGGGCAGCACCUGCCGCACUGCAGCUUUUCCUCAGCCGCGCAGGGGCACUGCGCCACCUGAGCCUGGCGGGCUGCCAGCUGCCGUCCGAUGCGCUCAGGUCCUUGUUGAAAGGCCUUGCGUUCAACACAGCCCUGGGCGAUCUUCACCUGGACCUCAGUGGUUGUGAGCUGCGCUCUGCAGGCGCUCAGGUGAUCCAGGACUUGGUGUGUGAUGCGGGUGCUGUGAGCUCCCUGGAUCUGGCGGAUAAUGGCUUCGGCUCAGACAUGGUAACUCUGGUCCUGGCCAUUGGAAGGAGCCGGUCCUUGCGGCAUGUGGCACUUGGGAGGAACUUCAACGUCCGGUGCAAGGAGACCUUGGACGAUGCCCUGCACCGGAUUGUCCAGCUUAUGCAGGACGACGACUGUCCCCUGCAGUCUCUGUCUGUAGCAGAGUCGCGACUGAAGCUAGGCGCCAGCGUCCUGCUCCGGGCCCUGGGCAGCAACCCUAGCCUGACAGCGCUGGAUAUCAGUGGCAAUGCCAUAGGGGACGCUGGAGCCAAGAUACUGGCCAAAGCGCUGCGGGUCAACACGAAGCUCCGGUCUGUGGUCUGGGACAGGAACCACACAUCUGCGCUCGGCCUGCUGGACGUGGCGCAGGCCCUGGAGCAGAAUCGCAGCCUGAAGGCCAUGCCCCUGCCACUGCACGAUGUAGCCCAGGCGCAGCGCAGCCGCCCCGAGCUGACCGCACGUGCGGUGCACCAGAUCCAGGCCUGUCUGUGGAGGAACAACCGCGCAGACCUCGCGUCCUCCGACCGCGCCUCGCGUCUGCAGCUGCUGGGUCUGGUCUCAACUCCCUCGGAGCAGGAAGUGAAUGAGCUGUGUCAGUCGAUGCAAGAGCAUGUGGAGCUGCUGGGCUGUGGGGCAGGACCCCAGGGUGAAGCUGCUGUGCGCCAGGCCGAGGAUGCCAUCCGCAACGCCAACUUCUCUCUCAGCGUUCUCCCUAUUCUGUAUGAAGCUGGGAGCUCCCCAAGUCAUCACUGGCAGCUGCAGCAGAAACUGGAGGUCCUUCUGGGACAAGUGGGUGAGGUCUGCCGCCAGGACAUCCAGGACUUUACUCAGGCCACGCUGGACACAAUGAGGAACCUCUGCCCACAGAUGCUCCAGGGACCUGGCUGGGGGGAGCAGCUAGAGAGGGUCUUGGCAGGUUCACAGGGCCUCCCAGAGCUGCUCCCAGACCAGCUUCUGCAAGAUGCCUUCAGUAGGCUCAGAGACAUGCGGCUAUCAGUCACAGGGACCUUGGCAGAGAGCAUUGUGGCUCAGGCUGUAGUGGGUCUGAGUGCAGCCCGAGAUCGGCUGGUAGAGAGUCUGGCUCAGCAGGCCACAGUGACAAUGCCCUCCACCUUAUCAGCACUGGAUGGAAGUGAGCCCAGCCCCCUGGAGCCUGGGGAACUAGAAGGUCUUUUCUUCCCUGAGAACAAGGAGAAAGAGUGUGGAGCUUGUGGGAUUGGGGGUCGCGGGUGGUCCAUAGGCUCCUCACGGAUGAUGACGGCCACGGAGGUGGGCGGCGGGGCCCAGGACCAUCUGGUCGUGCGGAGGCGGCCACAUCCUGGAUUCCGUCUGGCCAGCCCCCCCGUGCCAGCCCAUGCCUGGUGCGCCCAGUGGGGCCACGGCUGCAAGGGCUUCAUUCGGGAUGUGUCUGGGUGUAGGACUCCGCCUCGGGAUGGCACUGUUGGGGUACCCCCAGCCCUGCCACAGGAAGGGAAUGGGCUCAGUGCUCGUGUGGACGAGGGUGUGGAGGAAUUCUUCUCCAAAAGGCUGAUCCACCAAGAUCGCCUCUGGGUCCCUGAGGAGGAUCUGGCCACUGAGGGAGGUACCACCCCUGUCCCGCGCACACUUCGGAAGAAAUUGGGCACCCUUUUUGCCUUCAAGAAGCCUCGUUCAGCUCGAGGGCCUCGGCCUGAUCUAGAGACCAGCCCUGGAGCAGCUCCCCGAAGCCGGAAAGCCAUGCUUGGGGACCUGCUGAGGCCACCAGCCCGUCCAGGCCGUGGUGAAGAACCUGGUGGGGCGGAGGGGGGCACCUGCAGCCCUGACGCUGCCCGAAGGAGUCGGCCCCGCUAUACACGGGAUAGCAAGGCCUACUCUAUGAUACUGCUGCCGGCUGAGGAAGAGGAGGCAGCACCGAGCGUCCGGCCUGACAAGCGAAGGCCCCUGGAACGAGGAGAAACCGAGCUGGCCCCAUCCUUUGAACAGCGGGUACAAGUGAUGCUGCAGAGGAUUGGCGUGAGCCGAGGCAGUGGGGGUGCUGAAGGCAAGAGAAAGCAAAGCAAAGAUGGAGAAAUCAAGAAGGCUGGCUCAGAUGGUGAUAUUAUGGACAGCUCUACAGAGGCACCCCCCAUCUCGAUCAAGUCUCGGACUCACUCUGUAUCUGCUGAACCAUCCUGCAGACCUGGCCCAGGUGGCCAGGGCCCUGAGCCUGCUGCCUGGAAGACUCUGGGCCAGCAGUUAAAUGCAGAGCUGAGAGGCCGUGGUUGGGGCCAACAGGAUGGGCCAGGCCCUCCCUCCCCAUGUCUCAGCCCAAGUCCCCGAAGAGCCAGCCCCUCCCCAGACAGCCUAGGUCUCCCGGAUGAUCCAUGCUUGGGCCCCAGGAACGAAGAUCGGCCCCUGCGGCUGCAGCGCUCCCCUGUCCUCAAGCGCAGGCCAAAGCUUGAAGCACCUUUGUCCCCAAGCCUAGGACCCGGCCCUGGAGCCCAGCCUCUACCCCCACAACCCACAGAGUCCUCAAGCCCUGAGCAGAGCCCAUCCUCCCCAACCACAGACCAAAGAGGCGGCGGUCCCAACCCCUGA